CAUUCCUCAUUACAGUAGAUGCUUCCUUCACAGGUCUGCAGGGAACAAUCAUAAUGGAAAGAAACAUUUUGGGAUUCUUGCUUUUUUUAAAUUGCCUUGGCCUUUCCACCACUAUUUCUCGCCAUUACUACUUUUUUAGCCAACCUUUGACCUGGAGUGACGCUCAGACCUUCUGCAGACAGAAACACACAGACCUGGCAACUAUAGAAAACUCUAAAGAGCUUGACCUGCUUUAUGAAACGCUUUUGUCUGCAGGUCACAGCUCUGACGUCUGGAUUGGUUUGUAUAAUGAAAUCGACUGGAAGUGGUCGGACGGGUACAGGGGGACUGGGACUGACUACAGGCAAUGGCAAACAGCUUAUAAUGAACCAGAUUUUAAAAAUGCCAUUCAGUUCUGUGUGCUUUCUGGGUAUUUAGGAAAUUGGUGGGACGAUUUGUGUGCAAGAAAGCUUCCGUUUAUCUGUAACACAGGGACACAACAGGGGGCUACGUUUACUUAUCAGAAGGAACAAAUGAAUUGGUCUGACGCUCAGACGUUUUGCAGAGAAAACUUUGCAGAUCUUGCAACUGUAAAGAACGAUGCUGAAAAUCAGAUGAUUGCUAAAUUAAUAACUAACGAGGCAUGGAUCGGCCUGUUCAGAGAGCCAAAUCUUUUUUGGUCUGAUGGCAGCGACUUUCUCUUUAGCAACUGGGAUUCUGUCCAGAAUCAAAUUGGUUCCAUGAAUGUCACAUGUGGUGUUACAUCUUCUGGCAAAUUGGGAAAAUGGAAGUUUCUCUCUUGUGAAAAACAAUUACCAUUUGUCUGCUACAGUGUCAGUGAGUUCAAAAAGGUAGUGAAGCUGAGGCUGAAGAUGGAGGACUCUGUGGAUCUGAACGACCCUGCUCUGAAAGCAAGCAUCUUGAAGAAGCUCCAAGACAGACUACAGGACAGUGGAAUGGGUGGGGCGACCCUGAAGUGGAACGAGCAACCUGAUGGAGGAGUUUUCAAGAAAGAGAUAGACACUGAGAUCUGAUUUAUGAUCGCAGAUUCAUUUAUGAUAGCUUGUUUUUAAUAUAUGCUUAAAUAUACUAACUAAUAUGAGUAACUUUUUCAUUUCAACUCCCAGAAAACUGCAAACGUGCUGACACACUGUUUCCCUCAACUGAAAUA